AUGGAACAACAACAACAACAAAUAAAACCUCACUACUUCCCUCAAACAUUCACUCAAUUCUCACUUGAAGACCUUCAUUCUUCCCUAGACAAACAAUCAGAAAACACCCCCAAAAAAACCCCUUCAAAACCCACCAAGACCGCCACCGUAAAUAGCACCCGCUACCGCGGUGUUCGGCGUCGACCAUGGGGUCGAUACGCCGCCGAAAUCCGAGACCCACAUUCCAAAGAACGCCGUUGGCUCGGCACAUACGACACAGCUGAAGAAGCCGCCUGUGCGUAUGAUUGUGCCGCACGUGCUAUGCGUGGUAAUAAAGCACGUCUUAAUUUCUCUUACUCUUCUUUACCACUUGAUUAUGAUCAUCAUAAUAUCAUGUAUCCACCUCCUUUACCACCUUUUAAUAAUGCUUCUACUUCCAAGAAAAAAUCUCAACCGUCUAUUAAACCUAAGUCAAACCUCAUCCCUCAAAAUUCUAACUUUAUGGAAUGGCUUACAUCAUCAUCAUCAAAUCAGAAUUCCCAUCUUACCAUGAUGAAUGGUUCUGAUGGAGGGGUUAUGAUGGGGUUCACUGAAUCUCCUGUUCCUGCGUCACAGAGGAAUAUGGUGAACACUUUUAGUGAUUUAUUUCCUUCAUCAUUAGCCGGCUUUAAUAACGAUAAUCUUUUGCCUGAUUACCAUCAUUAUCAUCAUAACAGUGAUUGUUCUAACAUUACAAUGAUGGAUAAUAAUGAAAUUAUUCCAUCAGAACAAUCAGGAAAUUCAGGGCUUUUAGAUGAAAUUAUUGAGAAAUAUUUCCCUAAGACUAACCCCACCAAAUCUUACAGUGAACAUUCAUCUGUAAGCUUUGAUCAUCAUCAUCAUCAUGAGAAUUCUCAUGUCGGGGUUUACUUUGAUGGUAGUGCAAGUGAAACGGUGUCAUUUAAUGGUGGUAUGAUGACAGGUUUUGAGGAAACGGUAGGGAGAAAUUAUCCAGUGUAUGAGUUCCCACAAUAUCAGUACAAUGGACCGUCAAUGAUGUUUGAUGAUCAUGGCGUUGGUGGCAUUUUUCAGUACAAUGAGCUCUACAGUAUGUUGGCUACUCCUAGAGGUGCAAAUUGCCUUGGCAUGUAA